GCUAUUGAUGUCCCUUUUAAGAAACCUUGUCUUCAAGAUUCCUUGCUCCACUCUCUUGAGUUUGGCUAUUUCAGUGUGCUAGUGGUGUCAGUUAUAUAUAUACCGAAGGGGUGAAGGAGAGAUAGUUCCCACUUCAAUCAUCAUUACCAAACUUCUCCACAAAACCAAACCCUCACUCUCCCUCCCAACUUUUGAGUCAAAAAUUAUCAUUUCAAACCACUCUUCUGCUGGAGGAUAAGUUUGUGCCUUCCAAGUGUUUGGUUUGUGACCCUGCUCUGGUGCCUGCCCUGGUAAAGCUUCAAUAUCUUGUAGUUGCCAGCUUUUGUACAUGCCAGUUUAUACCAAACUUUACCAGUUCUUUUAAACCAAACCCCUCCAGAAUAAGCUUUUCCCUCCUUGUCUCAAGAAAAUGGCACCUUCUGGAAGGGCAACAACUGCAGCAACAUCAACAAGGACAGCCUCAAAGACAAAAACCACCACAACAACAAGAAGGAGAACAAGACAGCAAAGAAGAACAGCACAGUUCAAGAAGAAGCAGCAGCAGCAGCAGCACACAAAGAGCAACAAAAAGCAAGAGACUGAACUUGUUCCAACUGUUUUACCCUCCAGCUGCUCCUCCAUAAGCUCACAAGACUCCUCAAAGGAAGUUGACAUGCAAGGUUCUGAGGUCAUUGAUGUGUCCUUAAGUCCGUGUUCUACACCAAAGGGUCAGAAGUUUAGGAUUCCUGAGAUUUCCACAUGCCCUCCAGCACCAAAGAAGCCAAGGGUUCUUUCCAAUUGCUCUUUGCGAAGGUCUCCACUUUCAUUCUUUGUACCACCUGACUUGGAGCACUUUUUCUUAGUGGCACUUCGAGAUGUCUCAGUUUGAUUUUGUGUGUUAAUAGAUGAUUGAGAAAGAUACAUGUGUUAUAGUAAUAAGAUCAUCACACUUUAGAAGGUGGACUUUUGAAGUGGUUUUAGUAUAUUUUCUCUUCCUGUGUACCUCUAGCAAAUGACAGAGGUAUGCUUUUGAGAACUUUAGAUUUUCGUGUGUUCAUCUUAGAAAUAGUUACCACUUCCCCCUUUCUUCAAUUUCUGCUAAUUUUAACAUUUUGUAGGGUUUGCAGUAACUAAAUUUAGCUGGGGUGGUUCCCCAACUAAAUUUAGAUUUUUAGCUUACUUUCAUUUUUUUUUCUUCUUUUCCCUCUUAUAGAAGACAUGUUCUGACCUUCAAGUGUGUGCUGAGUGCAAAUGUAAUGGGUUUGGUUUAAGGUGUGUGAGUGUUCAAGCUUGCAACUCAACAAAGCUUCAGCUGUCAAUUAGAGAAAGUAAAGUCAUACACUUUCCUUUUGUAUGAAAAAUCCCUCUGUUUUUUUCUCCCUCUGCCUCUCAUACUGCAUCACUUGUUGGCAAUGAUACUUCUACUUUCGCAGUUAA